ACCUGAUGCGCUUAGCAGCCUGGGGCAUGUAUGGGGCGCGGGCAGAUCGUCGUGGGGCCUGCAUUGCGGUAUUGGUGGCGAUGGUGAUGCCCUUGGUGGCGUCCCUCGUCACAUACACCUUUGUUUCGCUUCCCGGGAAUGGCAUUGCUUUGGAUCAUACCGGCUCUCUGGUCGCACUGCUGGUGCUACUCAAGAUAUUCGUGCUAGGCAUCACCCACCACCUUCCCUUUGACCUCGAUCGUCUGUGGCGGACACACAUGCGUGAGAGGAGAGGGUUGCCAGGGCUGCCGUAUCUGCUACAAGAGGGGGUGGAGGAAGACUUGCCCUGCACGGUGAGGAUCUUGUGUGAGUUGGAGACUGCAGCGAGAACGUCAGCCGAGGAGGUGCUGACGGACACCUCGCCGCUACACUACGGUGAAGUGGACGCACGAGGCCAGACAGAGGGUAACGGUGAUCGCCUGGACGGCACGUUGCUUGAAGUGGAUCACGUGGCUGACUUCCACGAGGAGGCCGUAGCACAGCUCUUCAAAGAGGACGAACGGGGAAGGGCUGUUCUCUCCUUACUAGCAGGGCUGACUGGGCCGGGUCUAUGCGAGGCUGCCUAUGCACACUGCCCUGGUUCGCUGACAGCCCGCCAAGCCCUGGGUGUGCUGUUUCGUGAGCUGCACAUCACGCUCUCCCAACCCACGGACACCUCGACCCUCGCUCCAUUCAAUCGUCCCGCCACGGUGCACCCUUUCUUCGACCUGGCAGUGGCAAACAGGAACCAAACAAGUAGUACAGUAAUAUUACCACAGUAGCACAGCAACUCCACCCGCUUAACAGCAAAAACUCUCCCACUACAUGAACGUGAUAGCUACGAACCCUCACCUCUGCUUAAACACGGCAACACAAGAUCAUUAACGCGACAAUGAACCAGUAUACCAAGAAAACUAUAGACCCUGAAAACCGCAACUGACAGUCAACACAGCAACGCCAAGCUUAUAAAGCAGCAACUCUGGACCUCCAACACCAUACUCUCAACAGAGCAACAUUGGAUAGUCAGUCAAUACAACACCAAACUACCAGUACAGCACUAGACCAUAAAUACAGCAAUACUAUACCCUCAUCACAGCAACACCAGACCAUCAACAAAGAAACACAAAACCGACAGCAACAAUACCAGACCAACAGCAACAUCACGAGACCAUCAACACAUCAUUAGACCAUUAGUGCAACAACACCAGGCUAUCAUCACAUCAUUAGACCAUCAGCACAACAACACCAGACCAUCAACACAUCAUUAGACCAUCAACACAACACGAGACCAUCAACACAUCAUUAGACCAUCAACACAACAACACCAGACCAUCAACACAUCAUUAGACCAUCAGCACAACAAUACGAGACCAUCAACACAUCAUUAGACCAUCAACACGACAACACCAGACCAUCAGCACAUCAUUAGACCAUCAGCACAACAACACGAGACCAUCAACACAUCAUUAGACCAUCAACACAACAACACGAGACCAUCAACACAUCAUUAGACCAUCAACACAACAACACCAGACCAUCAACACAUCAUUAGACCAUCAACACAACAACACGAGACCAUCAACACAUCAUUAGACCAUCAACACAACAACACGAGACCAUCAACACAUCAUUAGACCAUCAGCACAACAACACCAGACCAUCAACACAUCAUUAGACCAUCAACACAACAACACCAGACCAUCAACACAUCAUUAGACCAUCAGCACAACAACACCAGACCAUCAACACAUGAUUAGACAAUCAGCACAACAACACCAGACCAUCAACACAUCAUUAGACCAUCAGCACAACAACACCAGACCAUCAACACAUCAUUAGACAAUCAGCACAACAACACCAGACCAUCAACACAUCAUUAGACCAUCAACACAACAACACCAGACCAUCAACACAUCAUUAGACCAUCAGCACAAUAACACCAGACCAUCAACACAUCAUUAGACCAUCAACACAACAACACCAGACCAUCAACACAUCACUAGACUAUCAGCACAAUAACACCAGACCAUCAACACAUCAUUAGACCAUCAACACAACAAUGCCAGACCAUCAACACAUCAUUAGACCAUCAACACAAUAACACCAGACCAUCAACACAUCAUUAGACCAUCAACACAACAACACCAGACCAUCAACACAUCAUUAGACCAUCAACACAACAACACCAGACCAUCAACACAUCACUAGACUAUCAGCACAAUAACACCAGACCAUCAACACAUCAUUAGACAAUCAGCACAAUAACACCAGACCAUCAACACAUCAUUAGACCAUCAACACAACAACACCAGACCAUCAACACAUCACUAGACUAUCAGCACAAUAACACCAGACCAUCAACACAUCAUUAGACCAUCAACACAACAAUGCCAGACCAUCAACACAUCAUUAGACCAUCAACACAAUAACACCAGACCAUCAACACAUCACUAGACAAUCAGCACAAUAACACCAGACCAUCAACACAUCAUUAGACAAUCAGCUCAACAACAACGGACAAUCAUCACAUCAAAACCAAAAACAACACCAGAACAUCAACACAACAACACCAGACGAUCAACACGGCAACACAACGAUACAAUAUCAUCAACACAUCAAUACAAACCAUCGACACAGAAACACCAUACUAACAAUAUAGCAAAACAAAUCAUAAACACAGCAACACCAGACCAUUAACACAACAGCACCCGACCAUCAACACAGCAACACCAGACCAUCAACACAAUAACACCAGACCAUCAACACAAUAACACCAGACCAUCAACACAACAUGAGACCAUCAACACAGCAACGCCAGACCAUCAACACAUGACAAACCAUCAAUAUAGCAAGACAAACCAUCAAAACAACAAGACAAAUUAUCAACACAACAACACAAUACCAUCAACAGAGCAACACAA